AUUAGUACUAAAAGAGGAGGCCGCGCGCCAUUUUAGCCACCAUCAUCCUAUGGAACAAAGCAACUCGCCCGUUGCUGGAGCCAUUACUUGCUCAGGAUGCAGUCUGAAAAUUGUGUCUGGCAAGGACUACUACCGCUGUAAAAUCUGCCCCUUUUUUCUCCAUCAAGUGUGCUAUAAUAUGCCUCGAAAAACGCGGCAUCCCGGGCACCCUGCUCACUAUCUAAACCUCCUGGUAAUGCCUUCAUCAGCCAAAGGCAGCUUCAAGUGUAAGGCUUGUGCACAAAAUGUGACUGGUUUCUCCUACAAUUGUGCAGAAUGUGGGAUAUUUUACCACAUCUUAUGCUUUGCAGUGCCACUUUUUAUUGUAAUCAAUUCCCACUCUCACACCCUGAAGCUUGAGUUUUCACUUCCAUAUGACUUCGAAUGUGAUUUGUGCCAAGAACCCGGCAAUAAAGGCUGGCUCUAUAGGUGUCACUUGUGCGAAUUCGAUACACAUCUUGUUUGUGCCAUUAACAACCGAAGAGCACAAUCUACUCAUCAUCAAUUGGCUCCAUUUCCUGACCCUUUAACAAGGCAAAUCGUAUAUUCAUCAGCAUCAUCUCUAAUCGAAACCAAUGGAAAAAUGGAAUAUGAUAGCGAAAGCAAUGAGUUGAUGCAGUUAGUAGCUCAGGGAAUCAGGGAAAGAAUGAGGCAAAAGCCUGGAGCCUUCCAAAUAAAGCAAGACAUCUCUGCCAUAACUCCGGAUCCUGGAGAAAGUUUGGAACAUCAAGAUCAUUCAAGUUUAUUAUCUGCAGAUCUGAGUACUUUGACAAGUUAUCAGUUAAGUGACUCGUGUUUUUCGAUAGAUAUAGCGAGGUCUUAUUCAAGUUAUGAUCCUCAGCAAAAUCAAGAAAACAAUGAAGCCGGCAAUAAAAAUCCUGAAGUUGUUCAGGACUCAAAAAACAAGGUUAUGCCCAGAAAUGAUUCGAUGCUUGACAGGAUUACAAGCAACUUGGAACCUGGAAAACAAGAAAAUAAUGGAGCUGCAGGUUUCAGUUUUCAGUACAAAGGUUCACAGAUUAAUCUGCUAAAUGAAUAUUCAAGCCAGAAUAAAAUGAACAGGGAAAAUGAAACCAGGAGCGACUCAGGCAUUAAAGAUCAGAACCCUAUAUCAGAAAGAGUAAGUUCAAUAUUAUUAUUGACUCUCUUUACAUGUAUUAACAAAGCAUUGAUGACGGAAAUUUCCCUGUCUUUUUCAGGAAAAAACAUGUUGUUCCAAGCUCUUUCAGUGCUUCUAUCAUCAAGGAUAUGA